AUGCCCAAGAACAGAGCCCUCGAGAUCAUUGAUGCCGCAGCGGCCGGCGGCUACGCCGUCAUGGGCACAUGCUGCUACAACAUUGAGGGCAUCAUCGCGUCCGUCCGGGCCGCCGAGGCGCAACGCUCGCCCGUCAUCAUCCAGCUGUUCCCCUGGGCGAUUGAGUACGCCGACGGGCUCCUCCUCCACGCGGCGCGCGAGGCGGCCGACAAGGCCUCGGUCCCCGUCGCCGUGCACAUGGACCACGCCCAGAGCCCCGAGAUCAUCCGCCGCGCCGCGGCCCUGGGCGGCUUCGACGGCAUCAUGGUCGACAUGAGCCACUACGAAAAGGAGGACAAUAUGCGCCUGACGAGGGAGCUGGUCGGGUACCUCCACGAGCGGGGCAUCAUCAGCGAGGCCGAGCCGGGCCGCAUCAACGGCGGCGAGGACGGCGUCAGUGACACGGGCGACCUCGAGGGCAUCCUCACCACGCCCGAGCAGGCCGAGGAGUUUAUGGACCUGGGCAUCGACUGGCUCGCCCCGGCCUUUGGCAACGUCCACGGCAAGUACGGGCCCAAGGGGCCGCAGCUCGACUACCCGCGCCUGGCGUCCAUCUUUGCGGCGACGAGCAAGCGCGGCGUCAACCUCGUGCUGCACGGUGCCAGCGGCGAGGCUUUUACGGAGGAGAUUUACCGCGAGUGUGUCAAGAAUGGCAUGCGCAAGGCGAAUGUGAAUGACGCCUUUAAUGUCGAGUUUACGAGGGUCAUGAGGGAGAAGGCGGACAAGGUGCCGCUCACGACGCUGCUCGAGGAGGCGACGAGUGCGAUGCAGGUGGUCAUGGAGAAGCUCAUGCGGUGGAUGGGGUCGGCGGGGAAGGCAUAA